CCCUAAAGGAAAAACAUGAAGUCAUCUUUUAGGAGGUGGAUUGUGAGAAGACAUCCAGGUGAAAGUGUAUUCAGGAUCCUUUGGGUUUUUAGCAGAAUCGACUCGGGCAGGAGAGGUGACUAAAAGGGCUGAAAAUCCGAAUUCUAUCUCUGUACUGCAUGCAUGGCACAGAGCGAGGGGCAGCUCCAGAGGGCGGCAGAGUGUGGCCCCAGACCAAUCAAACACAAGGGAAUAUUGAUUGUGGUGCCUCUAGAGCGCAGGAGACUGAGCAGGUACAAAUGGGAAAGCGACAAACCCAGAGAAGAACACUCAUAACACUGAGUCUGAAACACCAGGGAACGAAGACUUCCUAUUUCCCAAGACGCUCAGGACAGACCGGCACGCAGAGACAAGCGCCUGUUCCCUCUCCCGGCACCGAGCUGAGGCGGAGAACCGCACCUGGGGAGUGAAACGACUUUCCACUUUCACUCCCCUGCACUUCCGGUCUCCAGAAAUCUACUCUCUUCCGUUCUCCGGCAGCCUCAGCCCCACCCGCGGCGAGGCGCUCCUGACGUCAUCAGCCCGCGCCUUGCGCACACACCCCGCGGCUCGGCGCCGCCUCUGACGUCUUCGCCGCGCGCCUUUGAGCGCCUGGAGCGCUCCGCUCGGCUCGCUCGUCGUUUCUCAUUCCCGCGCGUGGAAGGCGUCAAGCUCCUCCGGGUCGCCGCUCCCUCCUGUCAUGUUCCCCGCCGUCUCCUCUCCGCGGACCCCGGGGCCCGGCGCCCGAAGGGGCCCCCUGGGGGGAGUCGGGCCUGGCUCCACACCCCGGGCGACUAGCCGGAAGGGUCUGUCGCUGGGGUCUGCCCUCGGCUCUCCCGUGCUCUUCUCGCCCGUCGGCCGGCGGAGCUCGCUGAGCUCGCGGGGAACACCUACACGACUAUUCCCAUACCACUCUGUAACAGAGUCUAUAAACUAUGAUGUGAAGACAUUUGGAUCUUCUCUGCCAGUUAAAGUCAUGGAAGCCCUAACAUUGUCUGAUGUUGAUGAUCAGCUGAGUGUUCGAAUCGAUGAAGGUGGAUGGGCUUGUCUGGUCUACAAAGAGAAACUUCUUAUUUGGAAGAUUGCUCUAUCACCUAUUACUAAGUUAUCAGUUUGCAAAGAGCUUCAGCUGCCCCCUAGUGAUUUCCACUGGAGUGCUGAUUUGGUGGCUCUCUCUUACUCUGCUGCCUCAGGUGAAGCACAUUCUACUCAGGCUGUUGCUGUCAUGGUCGCCACUAGAGAAGGAUCCAUCCGCUAUUGGCCAAGUCUUGGUGGUGAAGACACCUAUACAGAGACCUCUGUAGAUUUGGGUGGUGAUAAGACUUGCAGCUUCCUAACAGCAGUACAGGGAGGAAGUUUUAUUUUGUCCUCAUCUGGAGGCCAACUGAUUCGACUGAUACCUGAAAAUUUAGGAAAGAUUCAGCAGCAUAUCUUACCUCAAGGGCAAGGAAUGCUUUCAGGAAUCGGUCGGAGGGUUUCUUCUCUUCUGGGAAUUUUAUCUGCUAGUAGUGAUCUCACACUUUCAAGUGUCCUCUGGGAUAGAGCAAAAUCAAACUUUUAUAGCUUGACAAGUUCAAACAUCAGUAAAUGGGAAUUAGAUGAUUCUUCAGAAAGACAAGUACAUAGUUGGGAUAUAAAUAGAAUCCUGAAGGAAAACAUUGCUGAUGCUAUUUGGGGAUCUGAAAGUAACUAUGAAGCUAUUAAAGAAGGGGUCAACAUUCAGUAUUUGGAUUUAAAGCAGAGCUGUGAUGGGCUCCUGAUUUUGGCAGCAGCAUGGCACCCAGCAGAUAAUCCCUGCCUUGUCUAUUAUUCUCUGAUAACAAUAGAAGAUAAUGGCUGCCAAAUACCUGAUUCAGUUACAGUAGAAGUCACGCAGUAUAACCCACCUUUUCAGUCUGAUGAUUUGAUUAUGUGUCGAUUGCUGGUCCCAGACUUUACAAAUCAGACUGCCUAUCUGUAUACGGAGAGUGCUGUCUACGUGUGCUCCACAGGAACUGGAAAGUUUUCUCUUCCUCAGGAGAAAAUUGUCUUUAAUACACAAGGAGAUAGUAUUUUAGGAGCUGGUUCUUGUGGUGGUGUUCCUAUCCUUUUUUCUAGAAACAGUGGAUUGGUGUCUGUAACUUCAAGGGAAAACGUGUCCAUUUUAGCAGAGGAUAUUGAAGAUUCCCUAGCAUCUUCAGUUGCUGGACCAAGCAAUGAGAAUAUGGUUUUUGAGACCUCUACAAGGAAUGAUAUAAUAGCCCAGGAAGAUAAAACCAAAUUGCUAAAAGCUGCUUUUCUGCAAUAUUGCAGAAAAGAUUUAAGUCAUGCUCAAAUGAUGGUUGAUGAGCUUUUUUCUUCAAACUCUGAUUUGGAUUCUGGUUGUGAAUUAGACAGAGUUGUUACCCAAAUCAGUGUAGACCUAGUGGAUGAUUAUCCAGCUUCUGAUCCACGGUGGGCUGAGUCUGUCCCUGAGGAAGCACCAGGAUUCAGCAAUACAUCACUGAUUAUUCUUCAUCAGCUAGAAGACAAGAUGAAAGCCCAUUCUUUCCUUAUGGACUUUAUUCACCAGGUUGGAUUAUUUGAUCGUCUCCGCACUUUUCCAGUAAGGGGGGUAGCAAUGGCAACUCCACUGUUGCUUUGUGAGCAUGCCGAGAAGUUGUCAGCAGCCAUUGUUCUUAAGAACCACCAUUCUCAGCUUCCUGACUUGGUAAACACAGCAAUAUUGAUUGCCUUAAACAAAAGAGAUUGUGAAGUCCCAUCCAACCUGACUCCAGCAGAUGUGUUUUUCAGAGAGGUCUCCCAGGUAGAUACAAUUUGUGAAUGUUUACUGGAGCAUGAGGAGCAAGUUUUAAAGGAUGCAUUAUUGGAAUCUGUCGAAUGGGCUGAAGUGGUGAUUAAUGUGAACAAUAUUCUCAAGGACAUGCUGCAGGCUGCUAGUCAUUAUCGACAAAAUAAAAUUUCCUUGUAUAAAAGAGAAGAACCACGAGAAAAAGAACCAGAAUACAUUCCUUGGACAGCAACAAGUGGCCCUGCUGGCAUCCGAACAGCAAUAAUACGCCAGCAUGGUAUUGUCCUGAAAAUGGUUUAUCCUCACGCAGACAGUAACCUCCGAAACGUUCUGACAGAGCAGCUAGUGUCACUCAUCGAUUGCUUCCUGGAUGGUUAUGUUUCUCAGCUUAAGUCUCUGGACAGAUCCAGCGACCAGGAAAGAUACAGUAGUCUGGAAGUGGAAUACCAGCAGAAAAGAUCAGAUCUCUUAUCUCCACUCCUCACACUAGGCCAGUACCCGUGGGCUGCUUCUUUAGCAGAAAAAUACUGUGACUUUGAUAUCUUAGUUCAAAUGUGUGAGCAGACUGACAACCAGACUAGACUCCAACGCUACAUGACACAGUUUGCAGAUCAGAAUUUUUCAGAUUUUCUCUUUCGAUGGUAUCUGGAGAAGGGAAAGCGAGGCAAAUUAUUAUCUCAGCCUAUUUCUCAGCAUGGACAGUUGGCAAAUUUUUUGCAAGCUCAUGAACAUCUCAGCUGGUUGCAUGAGAUUAACAGCCAAGAAUUAGAAAAGGCUCAUGCAACACUUCUGGGUUUGGCAAAUAUUGAAACUCGUUACUUUGCAAAGAAAAAAACCCUUCUUGGUUUGAGUAAAUUGGCUGCAUUAGCUUCCGAGUUUUCAGAAGAUAUACUGCAAGAAAAAAUUGAAGAAAUGGCUGAACAGGAGCGCUUCCUGCUGCACCAGGAGACCCUUCCUGAACAGCUGCUGGCAGAGAAACAGCUAAGUCUCAGUGCAAUGCCAGUUUUGACUGCACAGCAACUUAUUGGUCUAUAUAUCUGUGAAGAAAAUAGAAGAGCUAAUGAAUAUGAUUUCAAGAAAGCUUUGGAUUUACUGGAAUAUAUUGAUGAGGAGGAAGAUGUAAAUAUAAAUGAUCUAAAACUGGAAAUUCUUUGCAAAGCUCUUCAGAGAGAUAACUGGUCCAGUUCAGAUGGUAAAGAUGAUCCAAUUGAAGUAUCUAAAGACAGUAUAUUUGUGAAAAUCUUAGAGAAACUUUUAAAAGAUGGCAUACAGCUCAGUGAAUACCUGCCAGAGGUGAAAGACCUGCUGCAAUCAGAUGAGCUCGGAAGCUUAAAGUCUAAUUCUUACUUUGAGUUUGUUUUGAAGGCUAAUUAUGAAUAUUAUGUUCAGGGACAAAUGUAACUUUUUCUUAAAAUGUUCUCUUUCUAGAAAUCUAUAAAAGCAAGUCCUUAUAAAAGCUUUUUACAUUUUUAAGUUUGUACAGUUUUGUUAUAUGUGUUGAGAGUUUUUUACUGUUUGGAAGCUGCUUCAUGGUUGUGUAGAGUUUUGAUUUUUAGUUACAAGAUUUUUUUUCCCCAAACUGGUAAUUAUUUUCAUAUAGUAGCUCUUUAUUUUAAUACCUCCCCAUUGAGAGUUCUUGUCCUUUGUAUGACUAUUUAAUAUAAAUGAAUCAUUUCACUUUUAGAUUCAUUUUCUACAACUAAACUUAACAAGAUUUUUUUGCUUCUCUUUUGGUGGACAGUAGGAUGGGGAUAGGCCCACAUUUGGUGGUGCUUAGAUUUACUCCUAGCUCUGAACUCAGGGAUCACUCCUGACGAGCUCAAGACCAUAUGGGGUGCCAGGCAUUGAACCUGAGAUAGCUGCAUGCAAGGCAAAUACCCUACCACUAUACUAUCACUCCAGCCUCUAAAAAAAGACAUGUCUGAAAUUUAUACGACUUUUGAUAUAUUAUGCACUGAAAAGAAUCUGCAACUUUUGAUAUUUUUUGGUUAGAUCUAAUGGACUACAUCCAGUUAAGGGCUGGGUGAUAGGACAGUGGUUAGGAUGCCUGACUAGGAUGCCUGACUAGCGUGCACCCAACCCAGUAUCCUGGGUGCAGCCCUGCAUGCCCUGAGCACUGCAAGGGUCACCUGCAUAUCCUUGACAUUAUAGGACUCAAAUAGCAUCACAUCCUUAGGCCCUUGUGCUGAACUGACUACCUGGUUGGCUGAAAACCACUAAGUGGGUGUCAGGCCAUUUCAGAGGGCAUCCCCCCAUCACCAGAAAAAAGACAAAUGUCAAAUUUUGCUGACUUGUAUUAGAUAUAAGGAACAGAACAGUGGGCCUAAUUUAUUGGAAGUUUAUUGAUUCAGUGAUAAUUUUGAAGACUUUUCUAAUAUGUUAACAAAAAGUAUUUUGGUAAAUAAGACAUUUGUAUAACCUAUCUGUAAGUUACUGCAUAAAUUUAUAGUAUUAAGUAUUAGUUUUAGAAGUUUUCAGUGUAGGGAUUCAGUUUAUUUCUGUAGUUAUGGGAUGAUUUACAGAGAUUUUCAGCUCUACUAUAUUGCUUUAACCUAAAGUUUAUUGGGACACUUUUGGGGAGUAUACAGGGCUGCUUGUGGCUUGGUGCUGGGUGUGGGCCACUCCCAGGGAUGCUUGGAGAACUGUGGGCGCUGGGGAUUGGACCUGGAUAUCCUGUAUUCAAAGCAUGCACUCUAGCCGGUUAGCCAUCUCUUCAGCCCAUAAUCUAAAGCAGCAGUUCUCAUUUGGGGGCCAUAUGACUCUGUCAGCUCCCAAGAUAUUCCAAGGGGACCACAGGUGAAUAUCUCAUAAAUGGGGUGCCCACAGCAUGAGGCUAGAGGAUUAACCAUUGGCCAAGGGGCCAUAGAAAUAAAAAAGGGUCUGAAGGAGACCACAUUGGGAUAAAGGUUAAAAAUCAUUGAUCUAAGCAUAGUUAACGCUAGAAGAUAUUACUGUUUUACUGUACACAACUUAUUUAAAUGAAAAGUAAUCUCAGAGCUUUUUUUCUGACCAGUAUGAACAGUUUUUAUCCAGUUUUAUAAAAGAACUAGAGACUGUACUGGGACUGUUUGGCAUAGUCAUACCUUGGUCCCCCUGAAUGCUCAAUAAAAUGGCUUCAACAGCUAAAAAGUUCCAAUAAGGAAGUCCACUUACUAGUUUCACAAAGUACAAUUAUAAUGCCUACUUCCUUCUGUUGCCGGAACCCAUUUGGUUCUUAGUUCUUCCUGAGGAAGAAUUACAAGAAUUCAGAUGGCAAAUCAAACCUUUAUUAUUGAAAGUGAAAGUAUUAGGCACUCUUUGGAGUGAAAGGAGUGUCCAAGAGGGAAGAACCCCUUUUGUGAUUGAGCUUCUUUACUAUGAUUACCCCCCACACCUUUCUUUGCAUCUUCCUUUUUUAAAAAUUGGGUGAACGUUCCCAGGAUUAUGCAGAUCAUACCUGCAUCUACAUUCCCACCUGUUGCUUGAGGUCUAAUAGGUCAGAGCUGGACCCCAGUGCACCUGUGCUGGCAGCCAGCUAAAACCUAUUUCUCUGUAGAAUGAUAAGAUCCCCCUCCUCUAUCAUUUCUGGGUUUAGAGGAAAGCCCUCUUCACCUCCUACCACCACAUACUCAUGUCUAACUGUUGCCUAACACUUCCAAGGUUUGAAAUUCAGAAUUUAAACUUAUUUCGAAAUGUUAUUAAAGCUAGAGUACUACAGGGGUUUUAGUGGUUGCCUGUUGGUGGCUGAGUGCAAUUUGAUCCUUGCCACCAUAUAUGGUAUUCACUCUCACCUCACCCAAACCCCCAGCACUGCUAGGAAUGAUUCUCUUUUUUGUUGUUUUGUUUUGGGGCCACACCCAGUGAUGCCCAGCUAUACUCCUGUCACUGUAAUCGGGAAUUAUUCCUGGCAGUGAGUGCACAGGGGACCAUAUGGGAUGCCAGGGAUUGAACCUGGGGUCAACCAUGAGUCUCUCCUGCUGUACUAUCUCUCUAGCCCUUAAGAGCGAUUCUUGUGCACAGAGCCAGAAUUAAGACCUGAGGACUGCCAGGUGUGGCCCAAAACCCAAAAAUCUAUUAAUGGACCUAUUUAAAUCAAUAAAGGGAAUUUGCUUGGUCUUUUUCUAUUUGUAGCUGGUGUGUUGGAACAACAUUCACUUGGAAAUAUAACGAAGGGUACGAAGACAAGUUAGAGAAGCUUGUUAACAAGAUGGUGUGUCAAAUUAUUAACUAUCCAUGUUAGGAAACAAGGCUUUCAGCUUACGUAGACAUCAAACAGUUGUCACCUUCAUAUGCUUUCAUGAGAUUAAUUAUCCUAGUCACAGGAAAACUGAUCGGCCAAUAACCCCAGUUCUAUUAUUUACAUGGAUGUGAAACUACUACUCUCACAAUGUGACAUGAUUGUCUUUUGUUUUGGGGACUACACUCAUUUAUUCCCAGGGGCUUAGGGUCACUCUCGAUGAAGUUCAGGGGACUAGACUGUCCUAGGGAUUAAAGCCAAGCCUUCAUACUCCUGCAUGUGUGUGCUCAGGCCAUUGAACUCUCUUUCCAACACAGUUGUCUUGUUAUAUUUUAUUGGUUUUUGAGCCACACCCAGCGGUGCUCAGAGGUAACUCCUGACUUUCUGCUCAGAAAUUACUCCUGGAGGUGCUCAGAGACCAUAUGAGAUGCUGAAAAUGGAACUCAUGUUGGGUGUGUGCAAAGCAAACACCUUAUCUGCUGUACUAUCUCUCCAGCUGCUCAAAUGUCUUAUUUUUGAAGGAAGAAAACGCUCUUCUACUGUUAUUCAGACCAGCAGUUAUAGUACCAAAAUUAUUUGAUUCAUAAAAAUUAUUUUAAUGGAUAUGUUAGGCCUAGAUUGGCCCUUUUUUUUUUCCCCUCUGUCACUGGGAGUGCUGACUGGAUUUGUGGAGGUGGAUCAAACUUAGGGCCUUGAGUUAGAUCCCAGGUCCCAAAGCCUGAAAUUUUAAAUAAUUUUCUUUCUAUAUUAAAAUAAUUUGUUCAAUAUCUUUUGAAAAAAUUAUCAGUAACUUUUUAAAAUGAACUAUUGAUAAUGACAAAUAAUAGAGGUGCUAUGUGAGGAUGUUUUGGUUUUUUUCAAAUCUCCAGAUAUACCUAUUAUUAAUUGAGCAUGUUUUCUUUUUUUUUUUCUUUUUGCUUUUUGGGUCACACCCAGCGAUGCUCAGGGGUUACUCCUGGCUUUGCACUCAGGAAUUACUCCUGGCGGUGCUUGGGGUACCAUAUGGGAUGCCGGGGAUCGAACCCGGGUCGGCCGCGUGCAAGGCGAAUGCCCUACCCGCUGUGCUAUCACUCUGGCCCCCAAAUUGAGCAUGUUUUCUAAGGGAAGAGAAAUUACUAUGAGAAGGUUUUUUCUGCUCUUUCAAUGCUGCUCUGAAAGUCACAAUUUGUAACCUGAUUCAUCCAAACAGUAAGAUGUUAUCAAAUAGUAUUCGGUUUUGGGAUAUUGGCAAAACUCGAAAUAUACAGCAACAGCCUUUGCAGACUUUUUAGGGUUGUGGAAGGCUUUCAGCACCAUUGUUAGGUUAGCCAUUUUGGGGGGAUUUUGCUUUUGAAGAAAACUUUUAAGCGAUGGGUCUUGUUUGCUUUGCACUAUGGGAUCUGAAUUGGGUUUUCCAAGCAGCUUCCUGGGGCUAGUCUGGGAGGCAGGUGGGUGGUUCAUGAUCCCUUGGAGACUGCUGGGUUCCUCCCACAAUGAGAACGGAUGGAACACUAUACACAUUGUGGCAUUUGUAUGCUUCUUAAUCUAUUGUAGGCCAACACAUUUGUACAUCCUUUGUUUUGCUUGCUUUAAUUUUUUUUUUUUGAAUGUCUGUGAGAUAGACCAUUACAAAGCUGUUCAGGAUUGGGUUUCAGUCAUACAGUGUUUCAACACCUAUGCCUCCACCAGUGUACAUUUCCCAGCAUCAGUGUCCCCUUUCCCUCCCGCCAUCCCCCAACAUCUCCCCUCCCCCCACCC